AUCCUUAUACUCUUCUCUCUACGCUAUUACUGUAAACAAUCUCUUCCACAUCUCAUCUCAUUAUACCAUUCUCUGCUCCCAGUAAAUCAUUUCUUAAAACCAUAUACUCUUCCCUUGCCUGUGCUUUCUGCUCUUUUUUUCUGAAUACUGCUCAGGCAAAGCAGCUCUUGCAGAACAUCUUGAAUCCAGGAAAAAAUGGUUCGAUCAAACGAUCCAUUUUGGAAUGAUGUUGAAGAUAUGAAUAAUGGUCGCAUGAGUUGUAAGUUUUGUGGGCAUUUAUUUUCCCAGAGUACUUCCAUUUCGAGGAUCAAAUGGCAUUUGUCAGGAGUGAAAGGGCGUGGUGUAAAAAUAUGUGAGAACGUUCCUGAAGAAGUUCAAGAUGCUGCCCGUGCAGCUAUUGAUGGCCCUCCAGAAAAAAGAAAUAAAAAUGAAGCUGGAUCGAGCAAUAAUGAGGUCACUAAUGCAAUUUCAGCUCCUGCAAAAGAACAGAACAAUGAAGUGAUGCAUUUAGACAUGGAACAACAAGAAGAAGCCUUUUCCCCUGGAGCGCUCGAACGUUGGAUGGAUAGCAUCACUGAUCAAGAGAUCGAGUCUAUGUUGGGACGUAGUUCUCCUGAAGAGCUUCUGCAUGAUGCAUUGGAGACUGUACCGAGAACAGAAAUGGUGCAGCAUCUGGAGAGAGGUAGCUCUCAUGAGAGGACAUCAAUUAAUCAAGCUGAUGAGCAUCAAGGAGAUUCAUCCGAACCAUCGGAUCUAUUGUGUCUUGGCCUUGGAAGAUGUUAUGAUCAACUCUGUUCUCCACCAGUAAACAAUGAUGGCAUGAUGGAUGAAGUGCCAUCAAUUAAUCAGCCUGAUGAGUCUCAAGGAGAUUCAUCCGAACCAACAGAUGUAUUGUGUCUUGGCCUUGGAAGAUGUUAUGAUCAACUAUGUUCAACAGUAAGCAAUGAUGUCAUGAUGAAUGAAGUGCAGAACAUGGUUACAGUGAGGACAGCACCAGUGUUACAACUGUUGGAACAAAGCAAUGCAGUACAUCACUGUUUGGCAGGGGAUGCUGGAAGGAUACUAGUGGGAGUUCAGGGCACGGAACAAGGUGCGGGGGAAGACAUAAUUUGCUCACAUUUAGAAGCGGCAAAUGGCAUGGGAAACACUGGUGAAGGAUCUAUUCAGCAUGUUGACAGAAGUUUCUCUCCUCGGAGACACACAGUUGAUGCCCAUGAGAACAGAGGAGAAGCAACACAAAGAAUAGAUCUAGUGAAUCAAUCAGCUGGUGAAACUGUGCGUCAGAUGAAUGCAAUCUCUGCUUUUUCAAUGGAGGAGGAGGAGGAUGUGGAGGACAAUAACGGAAGGUUAGUGCAGCCUGGCGCAGGAACUAGCUCUUCUAGAGGCCUUAAAUGCAACACAAGUGAGACUAGAGGAGAUCCAAUUCCUCCUAGCUCUACAAAGUUAGUGGGUCGAGCAUUUGAAGAGAAUAAGAAUGUGAUAUGUUCUCUGUUAAUGGAUGAUAAAUCCUCAAUCAUUGCCAUUUAUGGAAUGGGGGGAGUCGGUAAAACGACAAUACUACAACAUAUCCAUAAUGAGCUUCUAGAAAGAAGAGACGUUUCUCAUAGUGUAUACUGGGUGACUGUGUCUCGAGAUUUCAGCAUUAAUAGAUUGCAGAAUCUUGUUGCUACAUGCCUUGAUUUAGAUCUUUCUAGAGAAGAUGAUAAUCUGCGUAGAGCUGUCAAACUGUCAAAAAAACUAGUGAAGAAAGAAAAAUGGAUUCUCAUCUUAGAUGAUUUAUGGAACUCUUUUGAGCUAUAUAUAGUGGGAAUUCCUGUCAAUUUGAAAGGAUGCAAGUUAAUUAUGACAACUCGAUUAGAAAAGGUUUGUAAACAGAUGAAUAGCCAACACAAAAUCAAAUUGAAGCCACUUUCUGAGAGGGAAUCUUGGACUUUGUUCAUGGAGAAAUUUGGAGAUGACAAAGCACUUUCUCCAGAAGUGGAGCAACUUGCAGUAGAUGUUGCAAGGGAAUGUGCUGGUUUGCCAUUAGGAAUUAUUACAGUGGCAAGAAGCUUAAGGGGAGUACAUGACCUACAUGAGUGGAGGAAUACAUUGAAGAAAUUGAGAGAAUCCAAAUUUAAGGACAUGGAAGAUGAGGUAUUCCGGUUAUUAAGGUUUAGUUAUGAUCAGUUAGAUGAUUUAACGCUACAACAGUGUCUCUUAUACUGUGCACUAUUUCCUGAAGACCAUAUAAUUGAAAGGGAUGACCUCAUAAAUUAUUUGAUCGAUGAGGGAAUAAUGAAAGGAAUGAGGAGCAGUCAAGCAGCAUUUGACGAGGGCCAUACAAUGCUUAAUAAGCUUGAAAAUGUUUGCCUAUUGGAAAGUGCUAAGAAAAUGUUUGAUGGUGGUAGAUAUGUCAAGAUGCAUGACCUGAUUAGGGACAUGGCCAUCCAAAUACAGCAAGAGAACUGUCAAAUCAUGGUUAAAGCAGGUGUGCAAUUAAAAGAAUUGCCGGAUGCAGAGGAGUGGACAGAGAAUCUUGUGAGAGUUUCACUAAUGUGUAACCAAAUUGAAAAAAUUCCCUCGAGCCAUUCACCAAGGUGUCCCAAUCUGUCAACUCUAUUUCUAUGUGAUAAUAGAUUGUUGCGAUUUAUUUCAGAUUCAUUUUUCAUGCAAUUACAUGGGCUCAAGUUACUCAAUCUGUCUCGCACAAGUAUUCAAAAAUUGCCUGAUUCUAUCUCUGAUUUGGUGACUCUCACUACAUUAUUGCUCAGUCAUUGUUAUAGCUUAAGAGAUGUACCAUCAUUAAGAGAGCUCAGGGCACUAAAGAGGUUAGAUCUCUUUAAAACUGAACUUGAAAAUAUGCCUCAAGGAAUGGAAUGUCUUUCCAACCUCUGGUAUCUUAGAUUCGGUUCAAAUGGAAAAAUGGAGUUUCCCAGUGGGAUAUUACCUGAACUCUCUCACUUGCAAGUGUUUGUAUCUAGUGCUUCGAUAAAGGUUAAAGGAAAGGAACUAGGAUGCUUAAGGAAGUUGGAAACUUUGAAAUGCCAUUUUGAAGGUCACUCUGACUUUGUGGAGUUUCUCAGAUCUCGGGAUCUAACCAAAUCACUAAGCAUAUACAGAAUUUUUGUAGGGCUUUUGGAUGAUGAAGAUUAUUCUGUAAUGUGGGGAACUUCCAGCAGAAGGAAAAUAGUUGUUUUGAGUAACUUGAGUAUCAACGGAGAUGGAGAUUUUCAGGUCAUGUUCCCAAAUGACAUUCAAGAACUGGACAUUAUUAAGUGUAAUGAUGCAACAACUUUAUGCGACAUUUCAUCCGUGAUAAUGUAUGCAACUAAACUAGAGAUCCUCAACAUUCGGAAGUGCAGUAACAUGGAGAGCUUGGUUUUAUCUUCUAGGUUCUACUCUGCUCCACUUCCAUUGCCAUCUUCUAACUGUACAUUUUCUGGUCUUAAAGAGUUUUAUUUCUGUAAUUGUAUGAGUAUGAAGAAGCUGCUCCCUCUUGUCUUGCUGCCAAACCUCAAAAACUUGGAAAAGCUUGUAGUUGAAGAAUGUGAGAAAAUGGAGGAGAUAAUAGGAACAACAGAUGAAGAAAUCAGCAGCAGCAGCUCCAAUCCGAUCACAAAAUUCAUACUCCCAAAGUUAAAAAGUCUGACAUUGAAAUAUUUACCAGAACUGAAAAGCAUUUGUGGUGCAAAAGUGAUUUGCGAUUCUCUUGAAGAAAUUAAAGUAGACACAUGUGAGAAGCUGAAGAGGAUUCCAAUUUGUCUUCCGUUGCUUGAAAAUGGCCAGCCAUCUCCUCCCCUUUCUCUUCAAAAUAUCGUUGCAUAUCCAGAAGAAUGGUGGGAUUCAGUAGUGGAGUGGGAGCAUCCUAACGCUAAGGACGUGCUUCUACCCUUUGUACGUUUUCGAGUUAUAAGACGAUUCUUCUCUUAAUAUAAAUAUAAUAUUGAAU